AAAUCACUACUAAUAAAGUAAAUGCUGACGGGCUCAUUCGUAAUCACGCACGUUGAGGAUAUCUGUAGAGCCCAAAUAUUUUUGGCAGAGAAAGAAUCUGCUUCUGGACGAUAUAUUUGCUGUGGUGUCAAUUUCAGUGUUCCUGAGCUUGCCAAAUUCCUCAACAAAAGAUACCCUGAGUACAAAGUCCCUACAGAUUUUGGGGAUUUUCCAUCCAAGGCUAAAGUGAUGCUUUCCUCACAGAAGCUUAUCAAUGAAGGAUUUAGCUUUAAGUACGGCCUAGAGGAAAUCUAUGACCAAACCAUAGCAUACUGCAAGGCAAAGGGAAUGCUCAACUAAAGACUGCUUAUUUUAUGCUCUCAUAUGAUUCCCUUUGGACAUUUGCUUAAAAAGUGUAUUAUAUCCUUCGUAAUAAUCAGUGCUGCAGAAAGGUGUUGCCUUGGCUUGCUUGAGCAGUGCCUAUGUGCAGGACAGCCCUGUGCCGCCCGCCUUGACCUUGGCAUCACCUAGGCUCUGUGGGAGGAGGCCUAUUGCACAGAGGCGCUUUCAGCAACACUGCUAAUAAUUCUUAACAUCUCAA